GGUUCUGUUCCUUUUCUUUUCUUUCCUUCUCCAUGGUACUGAAGGCCCAACUUCUGAACUGGUCAUAUUUCUGACCUGUAGGUGUACAUCUGGUGUUCUACAUAGUUACUCUAAAAGUUGCAUGGUGAAAAAUAUUUGGCACCAAUUCUGGCCCAGUCAUUUGUGGUCCGUGGCUCUUGUGAUAUGCUGAAGAUUUCCAGGCAGUUUCUGUGGAACACCUCCCCGUCCAGCUCUAAUCAAGCACCAUAUUAACAAGAAAUGGCCUGGUCAGAUCUGUGAGGACUAUAUUCUGAUUGCCAAAAAGAUCAGUACUGACACCAGAAUGGCAGCCACUCUCAAGCUGUUAAAACCUCGAGUGUUUUGUAAUCCUUUUGCCUACGCCGCAACCCAAAGUGUGGCAUAUUGGAAUGUGGGAAGCAGUACAUGGCGUGGCAGACAGGACCCUCCAGAACACAAUAGCCCCUGCCAUCCUGCCAAAGAAGUUGAGAACAUUUGUAGCACCUCCUCUUCUCGGAGGAUCCUGACAACCACCAGGGCCCUCUUGGAUUUGGAAUUCAGCAAGGCUUCUGUCUCUAAGACCCACCCAUUGCAGCUGAGCUCACCAAGGACCUUGAAAGUUGAUGAAGACGAUGUGGAAGCCUUUGAUUCCCUUGAAGAUCCCCGAGUUUUUCUACAGCUAAGACCGGAGUAUCAGCUUCACAGCUAUAACAGAUCUGAGACUUGUCAGGUUCUGCCUGUUUCAGAAGGUGAUCUAAUUUUGCACAGUGUCACCAUUUUAAAAAAAAAUCUCCAGCCCCAGAUUAUUGUUGAUUAUUUCUGUAAGCUGAGCUCUUUGCCUGCAGAGCAGCAUCCGGAUUUGCUGUCCAAAACCAGCUUUGUUUUGCUCUGCCAGCUGAGUGUAAAAAACAUACAGUUCUUUACUGCCCCAGAUCUGAUCAGUAUUUUGAAAGCUUUCGUCGCUUUAGGAAUCCCUCACUCCCACCCAAUGUUAGAUGUGUAUGAAACCAAAUUUUGCCAUCAGGUGUGGCAGAUGAACCUGGAUCAGCUUCUCUUGGUGGCUGACCUCUGGCGGUACAUGGGCCGCAGAGUACCUCGCUUUUUAAAAAUCUUUUUUAGUUAUCUUAAUUUACACUGGAAAGAUCUUUCCUUACCCCAGCUUAUUCACUUAAUUUAUAUUAUAGGUGAAAAUCGGCAGGUGCCCCAGGACCUAAUGCAAAAACUGGAGUCAUUGAUCCUCAAGUAUAUAGAUUUGAUCAAUUUAGAGGAGGUCGGUACAAUCUGUUUGGGAUUCUUUAAAUCAAGUAGUAGUCUCUCUGAAUUUGUCAUGCGGAAAAUUGGAGACUUGGCUUGUGAAGACAUGCAGCAUCUGAGUAGUCAUGCCUUAGUGAAUAUUCUUAAAAUGUUCCGCUUCACUCACAUGGCUCACAUACAUUUCAUGAGGCGAUUUGGACAGAUUGCGCCUCAGCGAAUUCCUUCCCUGGGAGUUCAGGGUGUCAUGCACCUGACUCUUGCUUGCUCAGCCUUACGCAUCCUGGAUGAAGGAGUAAUGAAUGCUGUGGCUGCUACUUUGCCUCCUAGAGUAGCACACUGUCGAAGUAAAGAUGUUGCCAAAAUUCUGUGGUCAUUUGGAACUCUGAAUUAUAAGCCGCCCAAUACAGAAGAAUUUUAUUCUAGCCUGAUAAAUGAGAUCCACAGAAAGAUGCCUGAAUUUAAUCAAUACCCAGAACACCUGCUCACCUGUCUGCUGGGCCUGGCAUUUUCUGAGUACUUUCCAGUAGAGCUCAUCGAUUUCGCUUUGAGUCCAGGGUUUGUUAGGUUAGCUCAGGAGAGUAGUAAAUUUGAACUCAUUAAGGAGCUGUGUACUCUUGAUGGUACAGUUGGCAUUGAGUGUCCAGAUUACAGAGGCAGUCGUCUUAGUUCUGAUCUUCAGCAAGAAGGGUCUGAAAUGCUGUGGAAUUUAGCAAGGAAGGAUAUGACCGCAAAGCCUGAAUUCCUAGAAGCUCUUUUUUUACUUGAAUCCAUGUUGGGUGGGCCCCUAUACAUCAAGCACCAUAUGAUUUUGCCUCAUACCCGAUCUUCUGACCUAGAGGUCCAGCUUGAUGUCAACAUGAAGCCAUUACCAUUUAACACGGAAGCCAAACCAACUGAAGAUGUAGCCAAAUUAAGACUUAAGCAUGUGGGACUCAGCCUUACAGAUGAUUUGAUGAAUCAGCUAUUAAAAGGGAAAUCAAGAAGGCGUUUCCAGGGGGGAAUUGAGACAGAGAUUGGGCAGCAGCCCAUGGAGUUAGAGAAGAAUGCAGCCAUACACUUGGGAGAUUCCCUUUGCGAUAAGGCAGACAGAUUGGGGGCCAUGGAAAUGGCUGGCUUGUGUCCUCCAGCCUGCCUCCAGACCCCACGAGUGAAGCUGGCUGUUCAGUUGACAAACAAGAACCAGUAUUGCUAUGGUUCCAGGCAUCUGCUUGGACUACACAACAUGAAGAGGCGGCAGCUGGUUCGGCUUGGGUACCGUGUGGUAGAAUUAUCCCACUGGGAAUGGCUCCCACUGCUGAAACGAACUCGCUCAGAAAAGCUAGCAUUUCUCCAUGAGAAAGUGUUCACCUCUGCACUCUGAAGGGUGAAAUAUAAGAGAAAUAUAAGUAUUUCUACUUAUAAAGACUUUAGGUGUACACUGUACCAGGUGGUGUGAAACUGAUAAAAGCUAGAAUGUUGGUUUGGUAAUACAGUCAUCUGUUGUGGGGAUUUAGCUGUGCUCUCAUCUGUGGCAGAUUGGAACUAGUUUAAGUAACUGAAUUUAUUGUAACCUGAUCCAACUGUACAAGUUGCUGCUGAUUUGUGCAUAUUAACUCCUAGGCAAAUAAACAUCUUAAAAUGUU